GGAGCGCUGGCUCCGCUGGCGCCGAGGUGUUUGAGGACCCGCUUUGUGCUAGAUACUGCAGCAGAGGCUGGUUUACAUGAGUGAAGAAAACAGCAGAAUCUCUGCCCUCAGGAGUUUACAGUCGCUUGGCUAGAUUGACAAUAGACAGAUAUACCAAUAAAUAUAUAGAUUACAAACUGUGAGGAGUCCUACAAAGAAAAACAAUUGGGUUUCUCUGAAAGAAUAACAGGAGAAUACUUUAGUUUGGGAUAGGGAAGUGAUUUUUACCUUGAAACCUGCAAGGUGAUGGGACAGUGCUUUCCAGGUUAAGGAGAGCGCCAAGUGCUGUGAAGACUUUCACACUGUCAAGGGCUAGAAAAGCCCAGGAGCUUGGUGAGAGAAUUAAGAUGGAGCAAGAUUGAGUAUCUUGCUCAGUCACAUAAUAUGUCUCAUAAAUAUAGAAAUGGACCAAUUUUGACAAGAUGUAGUGCUGCGGCGUGCCCAAUGGGAUAUGUUCAGUCAUGGCAUCCGAACUUUGCAAGACGAUCUCUGUGGCAAGGCUGGAAAAGCACAAAAAUUUGUUCUUAAAUUAUAGGAAUCUGCACCAUUUCCCAUUGGAGUUACUGAAAGAUGAGGGACUACAGUACUUGGAGAGACUCUAUAUGAAAAGGAACUCCCUUACAACCUUGCCAGAAAACCUUGCUCAGAAGCUUCCAAACCUUGUGGAACUGUACCUUCACUCAAAUAACAUAGUUGUGGUUCCGGAAGCCAUUGGGUCCCUUGUAAAACUCCAGUGUUUGGAUCUUAGUGACAAUGCCUUAGAAAUUGUUUGCCCAGAAAUUGGUCGUCUGAGAGCUUUACGUCAUCUUCGAUUAGCUAAUAACCAACUGCAAUUCCUACCUCCAGAGGUUGGCGAUUUGAAGGAGCUGCAGACACUAGACAUUUCUACCAAUCGUUUGCUAACUUUACCCGAGAGGCUUCACCUGUGCCUUUCUCUGCAGUACCUCACUGCGGACCGAAAUCGUCUGUGGUGUGUGCCGCGCCAUCUCUGCCAGCUGCCCAGCCUCAAUGAGCUCUCCAUGGCUGGAAACCGUCUUGCAUUUUUGCCACUUGAUUUAGGUCGAUCUCGAGAACUACAAUAUGUGUACGUGGAUAACAACAUUCACCUGAAAGGCUUGCCAUCCUAUCUGUACAAUAAAGUCAUCGGGUGCAAUGGCUGUGGUGCUCCCAUUCAAGUUUCCGAGGUGAAGCUGCUUUCCUUUUCAUCAGGGCAACUAACCGUUUUCCUCCCUGCCGAGGUGAAGGCCAUAGGGACAGAGAAUGAUCGCGUCCUGCCUCUGCAAGAGUUGGCCAUGAGGAGUCUGCAUCACACCUACCACAGUUUCCUAAAAGAUUUGGACUUUCUGUCUCCAAUCUCAUUACCCAGAAGUCUCCUGGAGCUGCUACACUGCCCCCUGGGGCACUGUCACCGGUGUAGCGAGCCCAUGUUUACGAUUGUCUACCCCAAGCUCUUUCCCUUGAGAGAGACACCGAUGGCAGGGCUGCACCAGGGGAGGACAGCUGUUAGUUUUGUGGCUUACUGCUGCUCCACCCAGUGUCUGCAGACUUUUGACCUACUGAGCUGAUAAACACUCAGGAGCCUCAGGAGUAUUGCCAGCUUGACACACAGUCGCCUGCAUAUCACACGCUGUUUGUGCGGCAGAGGGACAGGAGAGGCCAGCCUGGCUGAGCAGGCCCUUACAUCCAGUCCCGUCAAAGGCGGGGGACUGCAGAACACUCUGUAAAUGUCAUGAUUGGGCUUCAGGGCUAAAAUGCCUUCACCCUUCCUCUAAGUUGGAAUAUAUCCUCCCCAAAAUUAAGAACUCUGACUUCUGUGUUUUUCUUUUUAUGUGAGUGUGUCUCAUACGCGGACUAUUCAGUUUGAUGUGCCUCCCCAAAUCUAAUUUAAAGCAAGUUUCAGUUCCCUGAAGAACCAUAAUU